GCCUGGACCGGUGGGCAGUGCUCAGCCUUGUCUUUGGCCCCGCCUUGGUCCUCCACAGGGUGACAGGAGUAACCUGGAGCUAUGCUGGUGGCCGGCUGUGUCCUGCCAGAUCCCUCCGGGCCAGGCCACCUCCUCCCACCCCACCCCCUUCCUUGCCCUGCUCUUACUCCUUUUCAUUCAGACUGUGGUGGCUGUGUUUGCAGCAUGGGGGAUACCCUGCACCCCGGACAGAGUAACCACAGAGAGAACAGCCCUUUCCUUUGCCCUUUGGAAGCUUCCAGAGGAAGUGACUACUAUGACAGGAACCUGGCACUGUUUGAGGAAGAAUUGGACAUUCGCCCAAAGGUCUCAUCUCUCCUGGGCAAGCUUGUCAGCUACACCAACCUCACCCAAGGAGCCAAGGACCAUGAGGAAGCCGAGAGUGGGGAGGGUGCCCGUCGGAGAGCCGCCAAGGCACCCAGCAUGGGCACCCUCAUGGGGGUGUACCUUCCCUGCCUGCAGAAUAUCUUUGGGGUCAUCCUCUUCCUGCGGCUGACCUGGAUGGUGGGCACAGCUGGGGUGCUGCAGGCCCUCCUCAUCGUCCUCAUCUGCUGCUGCUGUACCCUGCUGACAGCCAUCUCCAUGAGUGCCAUUGCCACCAACGGUGUGGUGCCAGCCGGUGGCUCCUACUUCAUGAUUUCCCGUUCACUGGGACCAGAAUUUGGAGGUGCUGUGGGCCUGUGCUUCUACUUGGGGACGACAUUUGCAGCAGCCAUGUAUAUCCUAGGGGCCAUUGAGAUCUUGCUGACCUACAUUGCUCCGCCAGCUGCCAUCUUUCACCCUUCAGGCACCCAUGACAUGUCAAGUGCCACCCUGAAUAAUAUGCGGGUGUACGGGACCAUUUUUCUGACUUUGAUGACCCUGGUGGUGUUUGUUGGUGUCAAGUAUGUGAACAAAUUUGCCUCGCUUUUCCUGGCCUGUGUGAUCAUCUCCAUCCUUUCCAUUUAUGCUGGAGGCAUCAAGUCUAUUUUUGACCCUCCUGUGUUUCCGGUGUGCAUGCUGGGCAACAGGACCCUGUCUCGGGACCAGUUUGACAUCUGUGCCAAGACAGUUACGGUGAACAAUGAGACCGUGGCCACCCGGCUGUGGAGUUUCUUCUGCCACAGCCCCAACCUUACUACUGCUGACUCCUGUGACCCCUACUUCCUGCUCAACAAUGUGACCGAAAUCCCUGGCAUACCCGGGGCGGCUGCUGGGGUGCUCCAGGAAAACCUAUGGAGUGCUUACCUGGAGAAGGGUGAGGUCGUGGAGAAGCAUGGACUGCCCUCUACAGAUACCCUUGGCCUGAAGGAGAGCCUGUCCCUGUAUGUGGUGGCUGACAUUGCCACAUCCUUCACUGUGCUGGUUGGCAUCUUUUUUCCUUCUGUAACAGGCAUCAUGGCUGGCUCGAACCGCUCCGGGGACCUCCGUGAUGCUCAGAAGUCUAUCCCGGUGGGGACCAUUCUGGCCAUUGUUACCACUUCACUUGUGUACUUCAGCAGCGUGAUUCUCUUUGGUGCCUGCAUUGAGGGUGUAGUGCUCCGGGACAAGUAUGGUGAUGGCGUCAGCAGGAACCUGGUGGUGGGCACCUUGGCCUGGCCUUCCCCCUGGGUCAUUGUCGUCGGCUCCUUCUUCUCAACAUGUGGUGCUGGCCUCCAAAGCCUGACUGGGGCACCACGUUUAUUGCAAGCCAUUGCCAAGGAUAACAUCAUCCCCUUCCUCCGGGUGUUUGGCCAUGGGAAAGCAAACGGUGAGCCAACGUGGGCACUCCUCCUGACGGCACUCAUUGCUGAGCUGGGCAUCCUCAUCGCCUCCCUUGACAUGGUGGCCCCCAUUCUGUCCAUGUUCUUUCUGAUGUGUUACCUGUUUGUAAACCUGGCCUGUGCUGUUCAGACGCUUCUGAGGACCCCCAACUGGCGGCCCCGAUUCAGAUACUAUCACUGGGCACUGUCCUUCCUGGGCAUGAGUCUCUGCCUGGCUCUUAUGUUUGUCUCCUCCUGGUACUAUGCCCUCGUCGCCAUGCUCAUCGCAGGCAUGAUCUACAAGUACAUCGAGUACCAAGGGGCUGAGAAGGAGUGGGGUGACGGGAUCCGAGGCCUGUCCCUGAGUGCCGCACGCUAUGCCCUGCUGAGGCUGGAGGAAGGGCCUCCUCACACCAAGAACUGGCGGCCUCAGCUCCUGGUGCUGCUGAAGCUAGACGAAGACCUGCAUGUGAAGUACCCCCGGCUCCUCACCUUUGCCUCCCAGCUUAAGGCGGGGAAGGGCCUGACAAUCGUUGGCUCCGUCAUCCAGGGCAGCUUCUUAGAGAGCUAUGGUGAGGCUCAGGCUGCUGAGCAGACAAUCAAGAACAUGAUGGAGAUUGAGAAAGUGAAAGGCUUCUGCCAGGUAGUGGUGGCCAGCAAGGUCCGAGAGGGGCUGGCCCACCUCAUCCAGUCUUGCGGCCUGGGCGGCAUGCGACACAACUCUGUGGUGCUGGGCUGGCCCUACGGCUGGCGACAGAGUGAGGACCCACGUGCCUGGAAGACCUUUAUUGACACUGUGCGCUGUACCACAGCUGCCCACCUGGCCCUGCUGGUGCCAAAGAACAUAGCUUUCUACCCCAGCAACCACGAGCGCUACCUGGAGGGCCACAUUGACGUGUGGUGGAUCGUGCAUGAUGGAGGCAUGCUUAUGCUUUUGCCCUUCCUGCUGCGCCAACAUAAGGUCUGGAGGAAGUGCCGGAUGCGCAUCUUCACCGUGGCCCAGAUGGAUGACAACAGCAUCCAGAUGAAGAAGGAUCUAGCCAUCUUCCUGUACCACCUCCGCCUGGAAGCGGAAGUGGAGGUGGUCGAGAUGCAUAACAGUGACAUCUCUGCAUAUACCUAUGAGCGGACACUGAUGAUGGAGCAGCGGUCUCAGAUGCUGCGGCAGAUGAGGCUGACCAAAACUGAGCGGGAUCGAGAGGCGCAGCUGGUCAAGGAUAGGCACUCAGCUCUGCGGCUAGAGAGCCUUUACUCAGAUGAGGAGGAUGAGUCUGCAGCAGGGGCCGACAAGAUCCAGAUGACAUGGACCAGAGACAAGUACAUGCCUGAGUCCUGGGACCCCAGCCAUGCCCCUGACAACUUCCGGGAGCUGGUGCACAUUAAGCCGGAUCAGUCCAAUGUGCGGCGUAUGCACACCGCUGUGAAGCUCAAUGAAGUCAUUGUCACACGGUCCCACGAUGCCCGCCUGGUCCUUCUGAACAUGCCUGGCCCCCCUAAGAACAGUGAGGGUGAUGAGAACUACAUGGAAUUCCUUGAAGUGCUCACUGAGGGCCUUGAACGGGUGUUGUUGGUGCGUGGAGGUGGCCGUGAAGUCAUCACCAUCUAUUCCUGAGCCCAGUGGAGUCUUGUGGCCUGGAGUUGGGGUGUCCAGGACAACAGUCCCCACCCACCCCUACACCUACUUGCCAGUUCUGCUUUGCCCAGCCUUGUUUUGGACCAGCUUUGCUAGGUCUCCUGGGAAACCAAGCUUGGACCUGGCAAUUGAAAUGGAUCCGAGGGCCCGUGGGACCCUGGGGGAUAUAGGGGCUUUCCUUCCCAUAUCCCAGUGUAGGCCUAUCCUGACUAGAGAAGAUGGUGAGGGUUGAUAUGGGAUUUGACAUCUCAGUCUGGCCCAGGAGCGCUAUUUAUUGUAUAUUUAUUGUUUGGAUGUCAUCAUCAGAGAAGAGGGGAAGGACAGUGAGAGGGGGAGUUGAGCUGGGCCUGCCUUUGGGAAGACCUGGCUCAGGCUGCUGUGGACAGAGACCCUCAUCAAGCCAAGUGGGAUGGAGCUGGCCAAGCUGAGCCUGACUUUUUUCAAUAAAACAUUGUGUACUUCUGGG